AUGCCUCGUUCGAGUUUCGUACCAAAGUUCUGGCCAACCUCAAAUGAUCGAGUGAUUGUCUUCGACCACAGCAUUUCAUCAAGUUGUGAAGUACUGUUCGAUAAUUCUGCUUUGAAGAUGGAGGUGAAACCACAGAGCCAGGAAAUGCCUUCAUCCUCCAGGGACAAUCAAUUGGAUCGAUUUUGUCGUCAAUAUCUUCAACUUCUGCCCAAUCUCGAUUACCCAGAUGAAGAACAUCUUCGGGAUAAAGUCUUUCAGGAAGCCAUAUAUUUGAGACUAUUUGACGAAAGUGUUUUGGAGUACCCUCCGCCUCAGAGAUACCAACUCAAAACUCUGAAAGAGCUGACUAGGAGAAUCGAGAAUAGUAUUCACAACUGGGAAGAACAAGGAAUAUCAGAUAAUCUGAUGAGCCAUCUUUCUAUUCUUCUCUCUACCCCAAUUCCCUCAGAAGCCACGGCAGCCCAGCAACAAUCCUAUGUAACUUAUACUCUCUCAUCUUUUCACCCUCCCUCUUCUUCCUCUACAUCCCCAACCCCUCAAACUCCAACAAUAACCAUCCUCGAAUCCGCCUCUCUUCUAUCAAGUUCCGGAACCACAGGCCUUCGAACAUGGGAAGCCGCUCUGCACCUCUCAAAUUACAUCUCCCUUAACCCACACCUUAUCUCCAAUAAAACGAUACUGGAGCUCGGUUGUGGCACCGGGUUCAUUUCGAUCUUAUGCGCAAAGUAUCUCUCUGCAAAGCAUGUUCUAGCUACUGAUGGAAGCCCCGAAACAUUAACGCUGAUGAACACAAGUCUGUUUCUCAAUAAUUUGACUGAUGUCAUUACUCCUAUAACGGGUCAGAUUGUGACGAACAAGAUAAGCACAUGCGAACUCACCUGGGGUCACAUGCUUCCAACUGGAGAAGCUGAGACAUUUCCUGACUUUCUAUCAUCAAAAUCCCUACCGUCCAGCUCAUCACUCGUCGCUGGAUCAAACCAGACACCAUUGGACCUCAUUCUUGCCGCCGAUGUAAUCUACUCUCCCGCUGUGAUUCCCUCCUUAAUUGUCACCCUGGAGGAUCUCUUCGGCCUAUACCCAGCCGCCGAAGUGUUGAUCUCAAGUACGAUACGUAACGCCGACACGUAUGCAAUCUUUGUAGAUAUGUGUAGAAAGAAGCAAUGGGCGAUAGAACGGGUAGAUUUCGGGAUAGCGGAAAGGAGUGAACAGGAAGGACCGUGGUAUGGAGGGUUAGGGGAGGGGAUUGAGAUUCUUUGGGUUAGGAAUACCAAUGGGAGGAGCGGGUGUUAG